AGAGUCCAGAUGAUCAUUUGCCAGUUGUUAAGAAAAGAAGACUGUCCAAGUCAUUACCAAUAUGUGCAUUCUUAUGUGAAAAAGAGCCAGAAUUGUCUAUAAAUAAAGAGAAAGUAACUUGCCCCGUUUGUAACGAGGAUUUCGAAAGGAAUGCAAUUGAAGACCAUGCUGCCUUAUGUAUUAGCCUUAUAGAAGAUGAGGAAGAACUUGUCAAAGGACUGUGUAAUGAAGCUGAUGAAGAAAGAUUGUGCCAGUGUGCCAGUGCUGAUAAUCACGCUGAAGAAUGCCACAUGAUGAGAUGUGUGAAUGAAACAGUGAUGGAAAUGUCUGAAGUGACAAAUCCUGAAUACAUUAUUGACAAGUACAUAUCAUAGUUCAUGAGAGGAAGACCGCUAGAUAUAACUGACGAAUAUGGGGUAGUGGAAGGAAAGACGGUGGAUAUUUUUGUAUCAAGGGAUAGAAUACUAGAAGAUGCCUUUUCGGAAUUGAAGGAAGCUGGGGAUAUGAGCUUCCCAAUAGAAGUUACUUUUACUGGAGAAAAAGCACUGGACUUAGGUGGACCCAGAAAGGAGUUUCUAACAUCAUGUGUACACAAUUUAAAUGACCAAUUCAUAAAGGAUGGCAUAUUAAUAACAGAAAAGGACAUUGGAAAAGACUUGUUUAUAAAGUAUGAGAAAGAAAAUGCAUUUCGAACAGCUGGUUUGUUACUUGGCUUGUCACUUCUACAAGGUGGUCCCGUACCUACACUUUUUAAAAAUCCAGAUGUGUUUUUAUCUCCCUCGAAUAAGGGAGAAGAACUCUUCAGUGAAGGCUUAGAUAAAAUAGGACUUCUACAGCUUUGCUCUAAGAAGAAAGAGAUUCUAAGGCUAUUUGAUGUCAACAGUCCCAAAGUGAAUAUUCUCACGUAUUCAAGCUUAAUAAAGUUAUUUGAAGUUAAUUUCUCUGAAGAGGGGUCUAAUGGCAGACAGUUUGAAAUGGCCGUUUAUAGGUUGUUUCUUGAUUAUGUGAAAGAGGUUGCAGGUAUUCAAAGUUUGUUGCAGUUUGUGACUGGAUCUCCAGAAGUUCCGAUUCUCGGGUAUAAACUUCCUCCUAAAAUUUGCUUUUGCUUUGUAGACACUGAAUCAAUUAUCUCUACAAGCAGCACUUGCUCAGUUAAACUCUUUCUCCCCAAACAAACAGGAAAUAAAACCAGGGAUCAGGUUUUUGAUCUUUUUGAUUAUGCAUUUUCAAAUUCAUAUUUCGGUAUUGUAUAAUGGCAUCGACACAAUUUGAUUUCAGAAUUUUAGAAUUGGGAAGGUGUAGGAAUUAUCCGUAUGAAAAAUUAACCUACAAUUAUUGCCCCUGCAUAGUUUGACUUUGGCGUGCCAAUCGUUCUUUUAUUUUUAUGAUAAAAUUACAUCGUUUAUGCAAAUCUAAUAUUUGUUGAUCAUAUAAAUGUUUUUUCUUUAUUUUAGUUUUUUAUUUGAGAGAUACAUUACAUGUCUUUAAUUAAAGAUACUAUAAUUUGAAUUUCUCUGAAGUAGACAAUUUACCUGAGUUAUGGAAUACAUUUUCUCACUCUCCCAUUACAAUUUCAAUGUGAAUCAUUGAACAUUUACCAUACAAAAAUUACUUGAAUUUCAUUUUUUUGAAAUUGAUAUCAUAAAAUAUAAUUAUGUAAAUGAUAUUUCUUAUACACAGAUGUACAGGGGUCCCCCCCCCCCCCAAAAAAAAAAAAUGUAUCCAUAUUUUCAAAGUUUAUUCAUACAAUACAUACAUUAAGAGUUUUAUAAGUAACUUAAUUGAAGACAUUAUUCCAAUUAAGGUCUUAGUGAAUUCAGUUAUUUACCUAAAUGUUCCGGUAAUAUGUAUUCAAUGAUUUUGAAUAAUCUGAAUUUGUCUUAAAAUAUGUUGUAAAUUUUCAAUGAUUAUGAUUUUAUUGUUUGUUAUUAGUUGCCU